UAUAUCAUAUUCCAAGCCUAUUUUUUAUGUUUUUGUAUAUUUAGUACAAUUUCUUCGAAAUUCAUUAAUUCAAAAAAAUAUAUAGAGAAAACACAUAAGGAUUCAACUGAUGAAAAAUAUGAGUCAAGCGAUGAAGAAAAGAAAAUAAAGACAGAACAAGAAGAAGGAAAUACGAAAAAAGAAAAUUCAAAAAAUAAAGAUAAAAAUGAGUUGUCUCUUAAUAAGAAUCAUAAAGGAAAGGAAAAUAAUGACGAUAAUGAUAAAAUAAUAACUACCAAAGAAAAUUUUGAUUCUUCUACUGAAUUAUGGAACAUCGCGAAUGAUACAAUAAUAAUGAACAUGAAAAUACAGAAUGAAGAUAUUAACAAAUCUAUAGAAUGCAAAAUCGCGAAAGAGCCUGUGGGGAUAUCAAUUGAACAUAUUGUUAAUAAUAUGAACUCUGAAAUAAUUACAUCUCAAGAAAAUGAAUUGUCUGCAACGAACAAUGAUUUUCAUACACAAUUUUCGAAAUCGUUCAUUGAUGAACAAGAUAGCAUUUCUUCUAUAGAUGAAGAAGAAGAUGAAGAGAUAUUUCAAAAACAAUAUAAUUCUUCGGAAGACGAAUUUAAGUCUUCUUCGUUCCAUAGAUGUUGUGCUUCUUGUAAGUGCAAAAGAUCAAAACAAAAUAAUUUUUAUUGUCGUAAAGUAAUCAAUAAUUAUUCUCACAAUUCCCCAUUUAUAUCUGAAUCAAAAAACGAGGAACGAAUGAAGAAAACUGAGUAUACCAAUGAUAAAAGAAAAAAAGUUAUAUCUUAUGAAAACGAAAAAUAUAUAAAAUAUAAAAAUGAUAAAAAUACAAAGGAAGAAAAAAGCGAACCUCAAAAAAAUGUUUCGCCUAAAGAUAAAUCAUGUUUUUCAAGAGUGCCAAUAAAAUUUAAUAAACUAAAAUAUAAAAAUAUUAAAUAUAAAGAAAUGGCUACGCAAACAGAUAACAGCCUUUUGAUAGAUGACGAUGUUGAAAUAAUAACAACUGAUAGGAAUGGUUCCUCUGAACAACAAUUUUAUUGCAAAUCUCAAUUCAAUCAUUUUCAAGGUAAAGUGAUAGUACAGGAAUUAAAUUACAUAGCGGACAAUGAAGAAUCAAGUAUUGGAUUUUUAAGAAUCGCACAUAAACAAAUUACGUCAUGCAGUACAUCAUCUUCAUCAACAGAUUUUGGCUUCGAUGAAGAUACAUCUAUAAUUCCUGAUAUGAAUAGUGCAAUAACGCACAUAAACAUAUCUAAUAAUGCAAAUACUUCUCCAAGAUGUACUCGUCCUCCUCCUGGUUUUCCUGAAAUACCACAGAAUAGACCGCUAUUGUCCUAUAAUGAUCCUAUAAAUUUUAUAUUAGCAUCUUCGACGUAUGAAAAUUCUACCUAUAAUUCUUUUAUCAACACGGUAACAAUUGUACCACCUAUGCCACAUCUUUAUUACGAUUAUCCCGAAUUUAUGGAUUUUCCUACUUAUAACAAUUUUUCAGAAACGUUAGAUAAUAUUCUAGAAAAAAAUUAUGAAUAAUAUUUUAUUUCAAACAAAUAUUUAUCUAUAAAAU